GUGGUGAGGAAGGUGCCCACCACCAGCGCGCCGUGGGCGGGCGUAACACGCGUUUAUAAACUCAGCUCUCGCGCCGUGGGCGGGAACAGCAACUGUAGAAAGAGAGAGAGUGAGAGAAGGACAGAAAGAGAGAGUGACGGCGGUGGAGAAGAGACAGGCGGUGGCAGGCGGCGGUUGUUGCUAACAGGGGCUCGCGGAGGGGGCGCGGCUGCCCCUGUAUGCGUCUCCAUCCCGACGCGCGCGCAUGGACGACCACCUCAGCCUCCUGCAAUCCCCCCCGCCGAGUGCAAGCAAGAUCCGGGGCGACACACUUGUGAACCACGGUUACACCGAGACUGAGACCGGCGUGAUGACGGUGGUGGCGUGUGACAAUAUGCUGGAGGAGUCAGCGGCUCUCCCGGGUCACCACUCUCUGGACCGCUACGAACCGGACCACGAGUGCUGCGAGAGGGUGGUCAUCAACAUUUCAGGCUUACGCUUCGAGACCCAGCUUAAGACCCUCUCCCAGUUCCCAGAGACUCUGCUGGGAGACCCCAAAAAGAGGAUGAGGUACUUUGACCCUCUGAGGAACGAAUACUUUUUCGACCGAAACCGUCCAAGUUUCGACGCCAUCCUCUAUUAUUACCAAUCGGGCGGACGCAUUAGGAGACCUGUCAACGUGCCUAUUGAUAUCUUUUCAGAGGAGAUCCGGUUUUACGAGCUGGGCGAGGAGGCCAUGGAGAAGUUUCGGGAGGAUGAGGGCUUCAUAAAGGAAGAGGAGCGGCCUCUGCCUGAGAAUGAGUUCCAGAGACAGGUGUGGCUGCUGUUUGAGUACCCGGAGAGUUCGGGCCCAGCUCGGGGCAUCGCAAUAGUAUCUGUUCUGGUCAUUCUCAUCUCCAUAGUCAUAUUUUGUCUGGAGACAUUACCAGAGUUCCGGGAUGAUAACAAAGACCCAAUCACCAUUGCGCCGGUGAUUAACGGCACACUCCCGUACAUCACCAGCCCAUUCUCGGACCCCUUCUUUGUUGUGGAGACCCUGUGCAUUAUCUGGUUCUCUUUUGAGUUGCUCGUGCGCUUUUUUGCGUGCCCGAGCAAGGCCACGUUCUCCAAGAAUAUAAUGAAUAUAAUUGACAUAGUGGCUAUCAUUCCAUACUUUAUCACCUUGGGCACCGAGCUCGCCGAGAGGCAAGGUAACGGUCAACAGGCCAUGUCGCUGGCAAUCCUGCGCGUCAUCAGGCUUGUCCGGGUGUUCCGUAUCUUCAAGCUUUCGCGUCACUCCAAGGGGCUCCAGAUUCUAGGCCAGACUCUUAAAGCAAGUAUGCGCGAGCUCGGCCUGCUCAUAUUCUUCCUCUUCAUUGGAGUCAUUCUUUUCUCUAGCGCCGUGUACUUCGCAGAGGCCGACGACCCUGAGUCCGGGUUCAACAGCAUCCCCGAUGCUUUUUGGUGGGCCGUCGUCACCAUGACUACCGUGGGCUACGGUGACAUGCACCCCGUGACCAUUGGAGGGAAAAUAGUUGGUUCUUUGUGUGCCAUUGCCGGUGUGCUGACCAUCGCCCUGCCUGUGCCCGUCAUUGUAUCCAACUUUAACUACUUCUACCACCGCGAGACGGAGGGUGAGGAGCAAGCACAGUACCUGCACGUGGGCAGCUGUCAACCCCUGGCGGACACGGAGGAGCUGGGGAAGACUCGUUCCUCUUCCUCACUGAGCAAGAGCGAGUACAUGGUGAUAGAGGAGCAGGGUGCGUUCAAACAGCAGCCAAACUUUCCCACGACGACACAAAACAACUCUCAGAACUGCAUUAAUAUCAACAAAAAGAUCUUCACCGACGUUUAGUCCUAUAAACUCUGACCGUGGACGCAAAAGACAAAUAUGAUAUCGGAUAUGAGUCGGCUGGUGCAGCACUUGGGAAAUAAAUGUGGAGAAGCUGCAGAGAGACCAAUGCAAAGCUAGGGCUAACCCUCAGCAUUCAAAGUCCGCGAGCUGCCUCGUUUCAUUCACAGAAUAUAUGGUUUUAAGUCACUAUUUCUCUCUCCUCUGGUUGUAUAAAGGCAUAUGUGUUCAUGUAGUGGACCUGAUGUAGAGUCAUCUUUUUAUCUUCACACAGGGAUAUCCGACACCGCAAUUGUACUUACCCCUGUUUAAAACUUGGUGAAUUUACCAUCAAUUAGAGGCGCAGUUACAUUGUAUCUGAUUUUCCAGAUUGUAGGCGUUGCCUGCAAGGGGCUCAUCAUUCCUGUAGCAUUCCAACAUGACAGACGGGGCUGAUGUAGUACAUUCAUCAUAACAUACUGUGGUUUACCUGUAGACUAUUUGGUUACUUUUAAAUAAGCCUAGAUGUGUUUUAAGCAUUACUGUGCAAACAGCAAACCGUAGCUCUUUCAUCUCAAAUAUGGACAAUUUUUGUCUAUUGCCUUUAUUGUGCGUUGCAAUCAAAGACUAGUAAGUAUGUCACUGUGUAAAAGUAAUAUAAUCACCUGCCAUUUGUGAUUGUAAUAGGCUAGAUGGAGUAGCCUAUAGGUGUAUAGGAUAUAAGCUGGCAUCACUGUUUGGAAAGCGGACAAAUGCAAA